AUGAAAACAGUUGGUUUUUGUAAAUCCCUAUCAGGAACUCCAGCCACAGAUGGAAAUAACGUAACCAAUGCGGAAAUCUAUCGAAUCAUAACUCAGCAACUUUUGAAUGGAUUCGCCGUUUGGAGAGUAAAAAUGUUCAACGAUAGGGUAUUCGUUGAGAAAACUCGAAGAAGUUACUGGCUUGGGGAUCGCUACUAUCGUAUGGAAAGAGUGGAUGACUUGCUCAUAAGCAUUAUUUAA